UCCCACCGCCGUACGGCGAGAUGGCGACGCCCGCGCUUCCGCUGCGCCGCGCUUGGCUCCCGCGGCUUCCCGUCGCGGUGUCGCGCAGUCGUCCGUCGGAGCGACACUACGGUCAGUCGGCGACCGGACAGGGAAGAUGGACGCAGCCACCUUGACAUAUGAUACUCUCCGGUUUGCCGAAUUUGAAGAUUUCCCCGAGACCUCAGAGCCUGUUUGGAUUCUGGGCAGAAAAUACAGCAUUUUCACAGAAAAGGACGAAAUCUUGUCUGAUGUGGCAUCCAGACUCUGGUUUACAUACAGGAGGAACUUUCCAGCCAUUGGGGGAACUGGUCCUACCUCAGACACAGGCUGGGGCUGCAUGCUUCGGUGUGGACAGAUGAUCUUUGCUCAGGCCCUGGUAUGCCGGCACUUAGGUCGAGACUGGAGAUGGACUCAACGGGAGAGACAGCCUGGCAGCUACUUCAGUGUCCUCAAUGCUUUCCUCGACAGGAAGGACAGCUACUACUCCAUCCACCAGAUAGCGCAAAUGGGAGUUGGCGAAGGCAAGUCUAUAGGCCAGUGGUACGGGCCGAACACUGUUGCCCAGGUCCUCAAGAAGCUUGCUGUAUUCGACACGUGGAGUUCCCUGGCUGUUCACAUAGCAAUGGACAACACUGUGGUGAUGGAGGAAAUCAGAAGGUUGUGCAGGGCCAGCCUUCCCUGUGCAGGGGCUGCUGCACUUCCUACAGAUUCAGAGCGGCACUGUAAUGGGUUCCCUGCUGGAGCUGAAGUCACCAACAGGCCAUCGGCCUGGAGACCCCUAGUGCUUCUCAUCCCUCUCCGCCUGGGACUUACAGACAUCAAUGAGGCCUAUGUGGAGACGCUGAAGCACUGUUUCAUGAUGCCCCAGUCCCUGGGUGUUAUCGGAGGGAAGCCCAACAGUGCCCACUACUUUAUUGGCUACGUUGGUGAGGAACUCAUUUAUCUGGACCCCCAUACUACACAGCCUGCAGUGGAGCUGACUGACAGCUGCUUUAUCCCAGAUGAGAGCUUCCACUGCCAACACCCUCCCUGCAGGAUGGGCAUUGGAGAGCUUGACCCGUCCAUUGCCGUGGGAUUUUUCUGUAAGACUGAGGAAGACUUUAACGAUUGGUGUCAGCAAGUCAAAAAGCUAUCCCUGCUUGGCGGUGCCCUGCCCAUGUUUGAGCUGGUGGAACAGCAGCCUUCCCAUCUGGCCUGCCAGGAUGUCCUGAACCUGUCCCUAGAUUCUUCGGAUGUAGAGAGGCUGGAGAGGUUCUUUGACUCUGAAGAUGAAGACUUUGAAAUCUUAUCCCUCUGAAGAUCCUGGGGUUUGGGGAUGGCCUCCAUGGCCCUCGUUGGGGUGCUUUGAGAACCCAGACCUGCCUUGGGCACUCAGUGUCACCGCAUUCCAUCCACCCAGCCCACCCCUGCCGAGUGCUGUGCGCCUGUGCCACCUCUGUCCAGAGGGCCUGCUCUGCUCAUGGACCAAGGACUGCGGGGCCUGGAGGCCUUACUGCUUGGAGUCAGACUGCCUAACCCCAAACACGCGAAGGGCCUGUCCACAUGAGAAGUCGCCCGUCAGAAGGCCUAGUCAGGAAGAGCAGCAGGUCAGGAGCUUCCAGAGAUCUCCACUUGACACUGCCAGCCCUGGUCAGCACAUUAGCUUUGGUUCUGCUUUCUCCUGGGCACCUGGGUCUGUGGUUUAUUUGGAAUUAAAGCCCUGUUUGAAGUUGUUUAACAAA